AUGGCGGCCUCAUUCACAACAGAGGAGAGUGACUGGGUGUUUGACUAUGUGCUUAAUCUGCUCCAUUCGCCUGCAUGGGAAUUGCCAGUCAUGUGCUUUAUUGACGAAAAUUGCGCUAGUUUCGACCUGGACGAAGAAAAUAAAUUCAUUUACACGGAGCUGCACGCACAGUUCCGCGAGGUAAUUGAGAAUGUUCUAGGUUCACAUUUGGCGGAAUUGGGGCUCGCAGCCACAGACUUUGCAGCUUUAUACGUGAUAAACCAGAUUUUGGCCAUGGACGACUUUCUGAGCUUUAAGAGGCUUAUGAUCAAGCGUAACCUCGAACUUGAGCUAAAAGCGAUUAAGAAGUUGCGUGAAGAGGGUCUCGAGGAUGAACACGACCUUGAGACACAGUUCAUGGAGCUCAGUGUGCUUUACAAGCAGGAGGAAAUGGAACAGGUCGAGCUGGAUGCGGCACUUGCCAUGUCUAUGGUAGUGCAAGGUGAGCGGCUGCGACCUGUGUCGGUGGCAACAAAAGUAGCCGAAGACAAACACUCCCGCGCUAGCCAUGAACGGGUGCAGUUGUCGCCCGUCGACGCACAGCAGCAGAUCCUCGAAAAUAAGAAGGUGGAGGAGGCAUGCAAGAAAAACAAAAAUUAUCUUGAAGCAAAGCGCAAUGAGUGGCAGCAGACAGCUGGAAUCUCCGAGCUAGAAGUGAAGCGGCGUAAAGAGUAUCUUCAAAAGCAGCGCGAUCUACUCAUUGAAAAGAAGAAGCGCGAACGUGAAGCUCAGCUAAAAGAUUACCAGCAGGAGCAGAAAGCGACAGCGCCUGAACCUCCUACGCAGCUUGUUGAAAAGAUUAAGAACAGCACAUUGAAAGAGAACAAAAAUACAGAUGAAGAAGAACGUAUAAAAGCGUCGCGUAUCGCUUUAGUGCGCCGCAUAAAGCAAGACUUACUCGAGUCCUCAAAUCUGGAGGCCCCUGAUUGUCGCACGAGCAGUUUCAAGAUGCACCAGGUGUUUGGGCUUGGCGACAAGCUCCAGCGUGUCAAGGAUCUUCGUCGACUGAGUCAAGAGCAGGAGAACAAAGUUCAAGCCAAGCUAAGACUGAGUUUGCAAUCCUGA